AUUUUUCACUAUUAAAUGUUUCUUCUUGCCAUAGCUAUGGUUAGAAAGAACUAGUACUUGGAAAAUGUAGUACUAUACAGGUAGAAGAAGAUGGCUUCUUUUAGUAGACCAGAUGACCAUCGUCGUAAGUGGGACCUAAAAGAAUUUGAAGAUUUGGCACAGAAAAGAAUUGAAGAAGAACUAGAUGAUGAUAUUGUUGGUUUGGAAAAAAAUCCCCCAGUUAAAAGGGAGCUUCUAAAACCUAGAGAUUAUAAGGUUGAUCUUGAUUCUAAACUUGGAAAGACUACAGUAAUCACCAAAACUACUCCACCUUCUCAGUCAGGAGGAUAUUAUUGCAAUGUAUGUGAUUGUGUUGUAAAAGAUUCUAUAAACUUCCUAGACCACAUCAAUGGAAAAAAACACCAGCAGAACUUGGAAAUGAUUGCAUUUCAGGAAGAAAGACUCAAAGAAUAUAGGAAAGAAAAGAGAAGAGAUAGAAAGCGCAAAGCUCAGGAAUCAAGUGAACAGGAUGUGGAUCCUGAUGUAGCAGCUAUGAUGGGUUUCUCUGGAUUUGGAUCAUUAAAGAAAUAAUUUUCUUCUAAUCAAAUAACUGUUUAUUUUAAAAUUAUUAAACUCUUUGUAAUAUGUGUCAGGUUCUUGAACAAUAAAGAUGCCAGUGUCAUAAGAAAUCUUCACAAAACAUAACAGGCUGAAGUUUGUAAUAGGUCAUCAUGUAGAAUUAAUGUCAACAAAUUUUCUAAAGUAAAAAAAAAACAAAUUGUAAAGUUUACCUGUAUGUAAAUUUGUGUUGUUAAAAAAGCUGAAAUAUGGCUUUACUUUGUAAAUGAUUAUGAGCCUAUUAGGUACAGAUUUCAUGAAGUUUUUAUAUAUAAUAAAUUUUUGAAAUAAGUGAAACAUAUAUAUACAAAAUGAAAUAUGCACAUUUUCCAAAUAUAGCAGGUACAAAAGUAUGCAGAACCCCUCACUUACUUAAACCUUUUUUUAGUAUCCAGAUAUUUUAGAAGGAAUUGGUACUUUUACGUACCAUUCUGGGUCUCAGAACCUUUUUUGUCAUCCUGGGUGCUUUAGAUCAUGAAAAAUGGACACUUUGAAAACAUUUGGAAAAUCUGGAUGUGUGUGACCCUAAUAGGUUCCACAGUUUUUUAGCAAAAUGUUAAUGAGUGAUAGGGAGAUUGUAAGUUUAAUAUUUUAAUUCUUGAAGAAAUAGGUAUUUAAAAAUAUAUUCUGAUGUUAUACCAUAAUCUUUAAAUUCAUUUUGUGCCAUCCUGGAUAUUUCAGACUGUAUGAAGUUCAUAGUGUAUUGAGAUGACAAAACUAUAUAUAUGUAAGAGGUUCUCAACAAGAGUCAUGCAGUUAAUAAAUCACAACAAUUUAUUGAGAAA